AUGAAUUCUAAUCAACCUUUUGCUAGUACACUUAUUUGUGUAAUUAUUCUAAUUAUUACUAUAGCAGUGCAAAAUCAAAAAUUAUUUUGGACACCACCAUUACCAAUUAAUGUACCAUUAACAAUUGAAAUACCAGAAAAUGACAUUCCUUAUGAAUGCCCAAGAACAUUUGAUGAUGGAGAAAUAAGUUUAUUAUUAAAACCUAUUAAUACUUGUAAUCCACUUCCAAUUAUUUCUAUGAAUCCUUUAAACUUGUAUUCUCCUCAAAAAUCUUUAAAAUUAUGGAAAUAUGCCAAGAACUCCACAUAUUAG